AAAAAAGCGAAUCUUGCAGCAGAUAAUGAGUUUAAUAACGAAAGUACUGACAAUCCUAAACUGAAAGUUUGUGUCUCCAUCAGAAUCUGUCUUUCUACUCAUCGGUAAAAGAUAUUUAUAGUUUCUGUCUGAAGAUUAUCUCUCUAUGGAAUGCAACAAGGACGAAGCCAUAAGGGCAAUGGACAUCGCCAAGAGGAAAGUUACAGAAAAUGACUACACCGGGGCCAAAACAUUUGCUGUCAAGGCUCAGAAUCUGUACCCACAGCUAGAUGGUUUGAAGCAAGUGUUGAUGUUGAUCGAUGUGUAUAUCUCAGCAGGUAACAAGAUUAAUGGAGGGGAGCCUGAUUGGUAUGGAGUUCUUGGUGUGGAUCCCUUGGCUGAUGAUGGGGUAGUGAAGAAACAGUAUAGGAAGCUGGCGCUUUUGCUUCAUCCUGAUAAGAACAAGUGUGAAGGCGCGGAAGGUGCGUUUAAGUUGAUUUUGGAAGCUUGGUCUCUGUUGUCUGAUAAGGUUAAGCGGAUUGCUUUUGAUCAGAAGAGGAGGGUGGUGAUGGUGAAGGAAGUUAAACCGAGGAAGGGUAGGAAGCAGAAGCAAGAACCUAAGGAGCCUAAGCAACCUACAAAGAAGCAGAAGCAGCCACCAAAGGAGCCUAAACAACCAGUGAAGAAGCAGCCCAAACAACCAACAAAGAAGCAGAAACAACCAGCAAAUGGGCAGGAGCAACCAGCAAAUGAGCAGCAUGCACCACCAAAGCAGGCCAAACAAGAAGCAAAUGAGCAGCAGCCCAAACAAGAAGCAAAUGGGCAGCAACAACCACCAAAGCAGCCCAAAGAAGAGACAAAAGAGCAGCAGCAACCACCAAAGCAGCCCAAACAAGAAGCAAAUGGGCAGCAGCAACCACCAAAGCAACCCAAAAAAGAAGCAAAUGAGCAGCAGCAACCACCAAAGCAGCAGAAAGAAGAGGAAAAUGAGCAGCAGCAACCACCAAAGCAGCCCAAACAACCACCGCCCCCGAAACAACCUGCAAACCAGCAGGAGCAACGACCAAAGCAGCAGAGACAACAACCGAGCCCACAGAAACAACAACCACGCCAGCCAAGUUCUACUGGAUCUCGUACUGGUAGAGGUAGAAGCAACAAGCCGACAUCAAAAGUCACUAACUUUUGGACAAUGUGCAACAUAUGCGGGAUGCGACAGCAGUAUGUAAGGGUUCUUUUUGUUAACAAGAACGUGAAAUGUGGAAGUUGCCGUGUGUCUUUUCAGGCUACUGAGAUAGAGAGCACGCCACAAGCAACAAAUGAGAACACAAAUGGUGCUUCAUGUGGGAGAGAUUCUUUCUCAAGCAAGGAUGAGGAAGCUACUAGAGGAAUUGAAAACUCAGACUUCAAAGUAGAAGAGAGGGCUCGUAAGAAGCUGAAGACAGAUGGGUCUUGCAGAGGCUAAGUAGUGGUGUGAUAUUUAGGAGUUGAACAAUGAAAUGACCUUUUUAAUCUCUGUGUCUCUAAUGGCUAUUAUAUAUAUGAAUGUUUUGCAUCUAAACUAGGAAAAGUAAAAGUACAACGGAACAAGGGAAAGUUCUUUUAACAUCUUUAAUGUGAAAUGUCCA